AUGGAGAAUUAUAGCAUCAUACCAGCUCAAUAUUGCAUGGCAGGUGGGACGCAACGGCUUCCUAGGUUGGUUGGAAGAUCGGUGGCGAAAGAACUUAUAUUUUGUGGUCGGAAAGUUGGUGGCAGAGAUGCAGUUUCAAUGGGCCUUAUCAAUCACUGUGUUCCUGCUGGUGAAGCUCAUUUAAAGGCACUUGAAAUUGCUCGGAAUAUCAAUCAGAAGAACACAUCAUGUUCUUCUCACGGUCCAUUGGCAUUAAGGAUGGCAAAGCGAGCUAUUAAUGAGGGGCUCGAGGUAGAUAUGGCAUCAGCUUUGGCAUUGGAAGAAGAGUGCUACGAACAGCUUUUGAACACAAAAGAUCGCUUAGAAGGCUUGGAAGCAUUUGCUGAGAAGCGAACUCCUAAAUAUACAGGUGAAUGAAAAAGAACAUAACCUAAUAACUUGCUUCUAGUGCUUUUGGUCCCUUGUGCCUAAUAUUAUCUAUUAUCAUUUAUCAUUUGAACUUGAGAGGACCCAAAUGCUGGCAGGCUCUAAUUUAUAAGUUAACGAGUUAACAAUUUUUAUAUCUUUCAAUCAUGUGGUGAGGAUAUUUGGGAUUUUGGACAUGUACCAUGAUGUAUCAUUUGAGAAAGGCUACUUUAUAUUAGUAAAAGAGCUUCUUUAUAGACCUUUCACAUUAAUGGAGGAUUCAUUUAGGGGAUA